AUGGGGAAAAGAGAAGUGGCGACAUUAUUUUUUCUUCUAUGUCUGCUAGUGGUAAAGAACGUCACAGCAGAGACAAGUCUACAUUUUCAAUCAUCAACAUAUGGAUUGGGGGAGGGUGACAGUGUCUCAAUUUGUGUCGUCAUUCAACUCUCAGAGAUCCUGACAUCUGACAUCACUGUCGACAUACUCCCUGAUGACUCACAAGACCCUAAGACAGCUCUAGGUAUGGACUACCUCUACCCAACUCCUGGGACCCUCUCAUUCACUCCUGGCACCAUGAGUGGAAGUCCACAGUGCUUCACCCUGGCAACUAUACAAGAUGAUGAUGUGGAGGGAGUUCACACUCUCGUCCUUACUUUAGUCAAUGCCACUGCAGGGACUCUAAUAUUAGGAAGCAGUCUUGUUACUAUCACUGAUGACGAUGUGGUUGGGGUUUCUUUAGCUGAUGCUGCAUCGACAGUGGAAGGGAGGCCGGCCGAAGUUAUAAUUAGUCUGGUUCUAAUCAGUGGUAAACUGAUGUGUGGUGACGUCAUAGUACACCUCUCAACAAUGGAUAUGACUGCAACCGAACCAGCUGAUUACAUGGGAUUGUCAGCCAGUCCAGAUGGAGUGCUUACUUUCACACCAGAGACUGGUCUCAGUACAAGUGUACUGGUGGCUACUGUUCUUGAUGAUAUUACUGAGGUCCCAGAGACUUUCCUUGUGAAAAUUACUGAUGUAACAACAGAGUGCCCCUAUAAUGUACAAAACAGUGCUUCAACUGUUACAAUAAGAGAUCGAGAAAGGAUCACCUCUUCAAUUCAGUUUGUGACUCCAGAGAUAGUGCUGACUGAAAGAGAAGGAGAAACUGUAGAUGUAUGUGUCGAACUUCUGCUGCUUAACAAUCAGACGGUACUUGAACACAAUGUGUCGUUCAAUCUCAUCAUUGGAAGUAUCAAUGCAACAUUUGGUGUUGAUUUCACGGCUCCUGGCUUUAAACUGUCGAGCUUCAUCUUCAUUAGAGCAGUAUUUGUGGAGGGAGAUGACAAUGGAACAACUUGCUGCCAUACAUUGAUUGUUGUGGACGAUAACGAUUUUGAAGACACCAUAGAAGAUUUCGUAGUCUCCAUUCAUCCGACUUUAAUUUCGACUGAGUACACACUCUUGGGAGACCCCAGCUUCACCAGAGUUCUCAUCAAUGAUACUGGAGACGCAAGUGUUACUAUCACGGAACUGGUCAGUGUGUCUGAAGCUAAUGGAACUGCAGAAGUAUGUGUAAGUCCUGGUAUUACUGGAAGCAUCACUGCUACGCUGUCAAUUACACUUCAAGUCAACGACAGAAGAGCAGUUAUGGGUGAGGAUUAUUCACACUCUGGUGGUGAACUGGACAUCAUGUACACUGAAGGAGACAGUCCACUGGUCAAGUGUCUCACAUUUGCAAUCCGGGAGGACGAGAUUCUGGAGGGAGACCACGAGUUCACUGUGAGCAUCUCUCACGUUCAGCCAAACUGGGCACUGGGUACUCCAUCAGUUGCUACCGUCAACAUCAUUGAUAAUGAUGCGGAAGUAAGAUUUGUGACAAGUGAGCUCAUAGCAAACGAGACUUCAGUCAGUGUCUGUGUGGAGUCUGGGGUGAGUGGUGGUUUUGAAACAGCUCUCACAGUGGGCCUCGCUGCACAAGACGGCACAGCAUCCACCCUUGAGGAUGUCUCUAUUCCUGAACCAUUUCAAGUGGUGUUCAGUGAAGGUCAAAACACGUCCACUGGGUGUAUAGAUAUCCUCAUACUGAGGGACGCUGCGGAUGAAGGAGAUGAACACUUUACCAUAUCCAUCACCAGUGGAGGCACAGAACCUAGUGCCAGGAUAACAAGUCCAUCUGCAGUCACAAUUACCAUUCAGGGAAAUGACCCAACACCAACCACUGUAAAUGACGAAGCAAUAAGUCUCCCUGUACUUGGAGCUAUAAUCGGUGUUUCCAGUAUCGUAAUAGUAGUGACAAGUUGUGUUGCGGCUAUUCUAGUGUACAUUUGCUACUCAAAAAGGGUGUUUCGGCAGCAAAAGACACGAAGCGAUGACCCAGUCUAUGCCACAGUUGGUUCUAAAGAUGAUGGAGUAACUGUGACUAAACCACUCUCACCUCGACAACCGCCAAUUACCGAUAACGCGAUCAUCACUUCUCCAAAUGAGUCUUACACAUAUCCACCAAUCAUGAAUCUUGGGGUACACCGGGAAAUCAUCACUACCUCUCUGAAUGAUGCAUAUAUUGUUGCAACUCUGGCAGACGCCACUGAGAAUGAUACCGAGACUUACGAAGUAAGAUACGAACUGGCAUAACCUCAGGAAAAUAACUCUUUAAUCUAGUUGACUGAAGGAAAAUGUUUUAUUACUUCGGAAUUGGGAUGAUGU